CGACGGUUUGUUUUAGUGUUGUUUUGGGUUUUGGAGCGCAAUUUAYGUGUGCGUUUCGYCUCUAGUUUUAUGACAACAGGUACCACAAUGUGGGAUAGAAACGUGAUGAGUUCUUGCGAGUUAGUCAAGGAUCGUCUGUACUUCGUAACUGUGGCCUCUAAACCAAGAAACAGCCCAUAUUUCCACUAUUUUGGCGUCGAUCAUGACUGGACUCUCGACGGUUGUAAAUUUAACGACACACCUUACCACGGCCCCUCAAACCUGGCUGGAAUUUAUCGAUUUUUCUGUUUAGUGAAUACUAAACUACACAUGGUACCAGCAGUAAAGAAGAUAGUCAUUUAUACUACAGCUCAAGAUGGUUUCCAAGAGAAGAGAAAGAGAACGAGAGCGAUUUUUCUGUGUGGCGCGUUUGCCGUGAGUCAGUUGAAUAUGACCGCCAAAGACGCUUAUGAAUUACUYGAAAAACAAUUCAAACCGAACUCUGUGUUGCCUUACUAUGACAUUAAUGGGAACYUGGCUCAUAAUUUGUCAUUACUAGACUGUUUAAAAGGGUUCGAAAAGGCUGUUUCUCUGGGAUUUUUCAGAUUUGAGGACUUUGACCUAAACAAAUACGAAGAAGACGAACGUGCGUUCGAUUUAAACUGGAUCGUGCCCGGCAAAAUCAUGGCGAUUUCUGAUCCACAAAGAAGAAACGAAGUAAAGGCUAGUCGAUUUGCUAAGCUCAGGAAAUACUUCAGACAGAAUGAUGUUAAAUCUGUUGUCCGAUUGAACAGGGAUGACAACAUGAUAAAAUAUGGACUAGUGUAUGAUGCCCGGUGUUUUACCGCCAACGGUAUCUCGCACUACGAUCAGUACUACGAAGAUGGCGGGAUCCCGACAAAAGCCAUAAUAAAGAAGUUUACUCGUGUUGUUGAUCUAUGCGAAGGAGCCGUUGCUGUUCACUGUAGAGCAGGACUAGGACGAACAGGCACUCUAGUUGCUUGUUAUUUGAUCAAGCAGUACAAAUUCACCGCUGCGGAAGCUGUUGGUUGGCUCCGUAUGUGUCGACCAGGAAGUGUUUCGACUCUACAACAUUGCUUUCUUGAACACAAACAGACUGCCAUUCAGAAAGGGUACCCAGAAGAUGUUACCCUAGAAGAUCUAAGCGAAAACAUGAAGAAAACCAUGAACAUUAUGUCAAUAACCCCGCGUAAAGAUGAAAAGGUCGCUUAAGUCGAAGGGAACAGUGACGAGACAUAUGAAUAUUCAUGAMUUUUCCUUCUUACUACGACUGUCUGGUUCUUGGUGUUUACAAACGGCAGCUGAAGAAYAUUUAAUUGUGACACAACGUGUGUAUACCAAGCCACAAACUGUAUAUUUCUCUUCAAGUGUGGCCCAGGUAGUUUUUUAGAAGUAACCAUAUUCUAAGAGGAUAGCGACACUUCACAACAUACCAUUGAAUCUUUGAUGUCUACAAAUUAUUCAAAUGAGUACCCAUAGAGUCACGACCGACCAAUAUUCUGGKUAGAUAGUCUUGGGCUGUAAGAUAAUUUUCCCAGUUUACAUAGCUAUCCAUUAUAUAUUUAUAUUCAAGGUUGAAGAUAAAAGCACAUUAUUUUAAAAACUUAAGGAAAAGUAUUCGCAAAUUUAAUUUAUGCAGAUAUUUUUUGCACAAYAUUUUGUGUAGAGCUUUAGGAUGUAAAUUUUGAUUAUUAAAACAAUAUUGCUGUAAUAUAGUAAAAUUCAGGACACUAUUCUUUCAGAUAUAAGAAAUACUCAAUAUCGAGUGUAUAUUUAUAAUAUUUUGUAAAAAUGUGAAAAUAGUAUUGCAACAGAAGAUACAAAAGUGUAUAUAUGUAUUAUUUGCUGAGAGUUUAAGUAGCAGUUAUAUUCCCAAGCACAGAGUAUAUCUUCAAUCAAAUUGAUUGUUAAUCAGUACAGAGUUUCUACUCUGAUCUGUUGUGUUAUUGAUGGAGUUAUUUUGCCUUAUAAUGAACACUGGCAACGUAUUUGAGUAAUGUUAGGUAAAAAAAUCUUGCUGGCAAGUCGACUUAAUAGUCGUUAUUUUUUUUUCUAAAAUAGAUUUAAGACAUGCCUAGAAUUCUUAGUAUUCUUGUUAUUGAAUUGUUCCCGUUCCACUUGUGAAUAACAUCCAUGUUUUGAGAAUUUAGCUAUAAACGUGCAUGGAAGUGACUAGAUUUUGUCUUGUAUAUAUUUUGUACAAAAUAUAAAUUGUAAUGAACAGAAGAAUAAAAAUAAUUCUUGUCA